AGAACUACAAUACGUAUUCUUCUCUUCUGUGUCAACAACCAGAAGUGGUCUAACAACUAUAGUCUACAAUCAAGUAAAAACGAGGAGGUAUUUGGCCGGUGUUAGUGUUGGUCUGAGGUGGUGAUCGGCAUCAUGGAGGUGGUUAUGAACAUCCUGAAGAUGCCAGUGCCCAGUGGAGUGUCUGUGUCCCUGGGCCUGUUCAUGAUCUUCCUGGCUCUGCUCUACUGGUAUGCUACAUUCCCCUAUUCAGCCCUGGCUCGAUGUGGAAUCAGGCACCCCAAACCGUCCCCGUUCUUUGGGAACAUGUUUCUAUUUCGUCAGGGCUUUUUCGGUGUUCACACGGACCUGAUUCACAAGUAUGGGAGAGUAUGUGGAUACUAUCUAGGCCGGAGGCCCGUGGUGGUGGUAGCUGACCCUGACAUGCUCAGACAGAUCAUGGUAAAGGACUUCAGCACCUUCCCCAACAGAAUGACGAUCCGUGCUGCCACUAAGCCCAUGAGUGACUGUCUGCUGAUGCUGAGGAACGAGCGCUGGAAGAGAGUACGCAGCAUCCUCACCCCCUCCUUCAGCGCAGCCAAGAUGAAAGAGAUGGGUCCACUGAUCAACAUGGCCACGGACACCCUGCUCACUAACCUGAAUGGACAUGUCGAGUCUGGAGAGAGCUUUGACAUUCACAGGUGUUUUGGCUGUUUCACCAUGGACGUCAUAGCUAGCGUGGCCUUUGGCACCCAGGUGGACUCUCAGAAGGACCCAAAUGACCCGUUUGUUCACCACGCCCAGAAGUUCUUCUCUUUCUCCUUCUUCAGACCCAUCAUGUUCGUCUUCAUUGCUUUCCCAUUCCUGGCUCCUCUGGCCCGGGUCCUCCCCAACAAGAGGAGGGAUGAGAUGAACAACUUCUUCAUCAACUGCAUCCAGAAGAUCAUCAGACAGAGAGAUGAGCAGCCUGUUGAAGAGCGCCGGCGAGACUUCCUGCAGCUGAUGCUGGACACACGCAGCACCAAGGAAUGUGUGUCUCUUGAACACUUUGAUGUGGUGAACCAUGCCGAUGAACUGGCCCACACACACCACUCCGAGGAGCAAGAAAAUGGCGGCGUCGGCAGCCACGAGUCGCCCAACAGGCGCUCGGUCCAGACCCAGAAGAGGAUGAUGUCGGAGGAUGAGAUAGUGGGUCAAGCGUUUGUGUUCUUCCUGGCAGGGUACGAGACCAGUAGCAACACCUUGGCCUUCACCUGCUACCUCCUGGCUCUACACCCAGAGUGUCAGAGCAAACUACAGGCUGAGGUGGAUGACUUCUUCACCAGAUAUGAUUCACCAGAUUACACCAAUGUGCAGGAUCUGAAAUAUCUAGACAUGGUCAUAUCAGAGGCUCUGCGACUCUAUCCUCCUGGUUUCAGAUUUGCCCGGGAUGUAGACGAGGACUGCAUGGUCAAUGGACAGUUCCUACCGAAGGGAGCCAUUCUGGAGAUCCCUGCAGGCUAUCUACAUUAUGAUCCAGAGUACUGGCCAGAGCCAGAGAAGUUUAUCCCUGAGAGGUUCACAGCAGAGGCAAAGGCCAGCAGACACCCGUUUGUUUACCUGCCGUUUGGGGCGGGGCCCCGCAGCUGUGUGGGCAUGAGGCUGGCCCAGCUGGAGAUCAAGAUGGCCCUGGUGCACGUCUUCAGGAAGUUCAACAUCGUGGCCUGCACAGACACUAAGGUUCCUCUGGAGUUGAAGUCUCACACCACUCUCGGUCCUAAGAAUGGCAUCUAUGUGACAAUCACUAAAAGAGAGACAGAUGGAGAACCAGUGACUCACCCUGCAGAAGAAGAAUAGAAGCUCUGUUCUCCUUUAUCUGCUCUUAUGACUCUUAUGAAACUGAUACAUUAUCCAUCCAAUGACUGCUUAUUUUAAGGAUAAACAUAAAGUAGCAUUAACCUAGCCUGGUCCCAGACCGGUUUGGCGUUGUCCCUUUAAAUAGUUGGCAAGACAGCACAAACAGAUCUAGGACCAGGCUAGCAUUAACCUCUUCUUAACUAGAAAUUCUAAAUUAAAAUGCCUAUCCUCUGUCCCUGUGUCUUGAUCCCCAAUGGACUGGGCUGAAGAUCUGGACUGAAUGUGAAGUGAACAGAGGAGCAGCAGCAUUACUAUGCUCCCAUGGUAAAUGACAAUUAGCCAGGGGCGGCUCACCUUUUAAACAGGCAGUGUGCUGGACAGAGGUCAACACCUCAUCAAGGCCCCUGAGGCCCCUGCCAAUGGCACAUCGAGCGUCACGGUGAUUCUGCAGGACUAGCAAGAGAGAGCGAUAGAGAGAGAAGCAGGCUGGGCGAAAUCACGUUGCUCAUGUCUCCGCCCUAAAAAUGGGAGUCGUUGUCCCAAAGGUGGGAAGGCAGGCGACAAGUUUAGGUCCAAAAUAAGUCCAUAGAAACGCAUUGGGCUUAUUUGGGCGAGAGUGAAACCUCUCGCUUCGCCUCUUCCUCUCUGGCUGGGGGAGGGGAAGACUGUGGAAAAGGCUGUUCUGAUUACAAUAGAACAACACACUUUGACCUCUGUAUAAAUUCAUAUUGGACUAUUGAUAUUAACAUGCCCGUGAACUAUUAAAUCAUCACUGUAUGUCUAAUAAA